AUGGAUGAGGCAAAAGAAGAAACGUCUUCAAAUCAUGAGGAAGAAUAUCAACCACAAAAUACUUCUACAAUUUCACUAAAUGAUGAAAAUUUUGAUAAAUUUAAUGAAAAUAAACGUCACCGUCCAAAAAUUGACGAAGCAGAAAUUGAUAGAAAAAUGAUGGAAUUUAUUGCUUUGAAAGAACAAAAACAAAGACAGAGUGUUGUUGGUUUGAAUGAAACUUAUGAAGUUUUGCCUCAAUUUAAUGAAGUCCCAGACGACGACCAAGAAUACUUUAAACACUUAUUUCUCAAAAAGUUGAAGAUUUGCACUGAAAUUUUUGAUUUUUCUAUUGAUCCGCUUUCUAAUUUAAGGCAAAAAGAGAUAAAAAGGUCAACAUUGAAUGAAUGCAUUGAUUUUAUUACUUUAAAAAAGGCUGUAAUUCAUGAGGAUUUUUAUGUGCCUUUAUUUGAUAUGUUUUCUAAAAAUGUUUUUCGUGUUCUUUCACCGCCAACACAUCCAACAGGCACAGAAUAUGAUCCUGAUGAGGAUGAUCCAACAUUAGAACCUUCUUGGCCCCAUUUACAAUUAGUUUAUGAUCUUUUUCUUCGAUUUAUUGAAUCUCCAGAAUUUAAUAUUCAAUAUGCAAAGGAUCUUUUAAAUCAAAAAUUUAUUAUUAAUUUGUUAGAUUUAUUUGACAGCGAAGAUCCUCGUGAACGGGAUUUUCUAAAAACAAUAACUCAUCGAAUUUAUGGAAGACUUGUUGCUUUUCGACCUUUUAUUAGAAAACAAAUAAAUAAUAUUUUUUAUACUUUUAUUUAUGAGACUGAAAGGCAUAAUGGAAUUGCUGAACUUUUGGAAGUUUUGGGAAGUAUAAUUAAUGUUAAUUUUAGACUAAAUUUGGCUGUACUUUAG